CAAUAAAAAUAAAGGAGAGGGAGGGGGAGCUGAAAAUUCCAUUGAGAAGCGAAAAAAAAACGUAGCGAGAGAAAUUACGACGUCUGCAGGGCACAGCAGCAGCCAAGACGAAACGAAAAUAUAAAAACAAAUUGUGAAUACAUUGCUGUUGUGUUACAGAAACAACUGUAACCGAGAUAUAGAAAAUUACCAACCGAAAAUAGCAAAAUCCUGUAACGCUACAAAGCGGCUAACUAGUUCCAACAAAAAAGAAAGAAAAGAAAAAAAAUCAACAGCAGCAGGAGUAGAAUACAAAGUAGAAAAGUGCGUGUGUUGUUGGCCAACGUGCCAGUGCGUGCGUGUGCGUGUGUGCAGCUAGUGCAAUCCAGUGCAGUAGACAGCGCACACCAUAGAAUACGCUCACUCAGUGUGGGCGCCAUCUGUAGCAUCAGCAACAGCAACAGCAACAGGAAGAGGAAUAGCCACAGCCACAGCCACAAUCCAAUUCACAGCGUACUGCAAACAUGUCUUCGAAUAAUCAAUCGAGCGGCGUCGCUGCCCAAGUGGCAACAAGUGCCAAUCAGCGAGGUGGCAACGCCACCAACUCCACGGAUGCCACAGACACGCAUCACGGCAGCAGCAGCAAUAGUAGCAGCAGCAACAACAAUAACGCCAGUGCCAAUGCCAACGCCUCCGCCACGGGCAAUGCCACAGCAAGCAGCAACAGCAACUCGAAUGCCGCCAGCGCUGGCCACGAUAGUCCCACGCAUAAGGCGCAUGGCGGACACGCAGCGGUCAACACCAAAGAGCGCGUUGUCGACAGCGUUCCAUUUCCACCCAGUCACAAGCUGACGCUGGCCGAGGUAUUCGAUGCGCGCACCGGCAAACCCAAUCACGAGCUGCUCAAGCAGCACUUCAUUUUGGAGGGCCGGAUCGAGGAGGCGCCGGCACUGCGCAUCAUCCAGGAGGGCGCCGCCCUGCUGCGGCACGAAAAGACAAUGAUCGAUAUUGAGGCGCCGGUUACUGUGUGCGGCGACAUCCACGGCCAGUUCUAUGAUCUCAUGAAGCUAUUUGAGGUGGGCGGAUCGCCGGCAACAACAAAGUAUCUGUUCCUGGGCGACUAUGUGGACCGGGGCUACUUCAGCAUUGAGUGCGUCCUCUAUUUGUGGUCGCUGAAGAUCACGUAUCCGCAGACGCUGUUCCUGCUGCGCGGCAAUCACGAGUGCCGGCAUCUGACCGAGUACUUCACCUUCAAGCAGGAGUGCAAGAUCAAAUACUCGGAGCGCGUGUACGACGCGUGCAUGGAUGCGUUCGACUGCCUGCCGUUGGCGGCGUUGAUGAACCAGCAGUUCCUCUGCGUGCACGGCGGACUGUCGCCGGAGAUACACGAGCUGGAGGACAUUAGGCGGCUGGAUAGAUUCAAGGAGCCGCCCGCCUUUGGCCCCAUGUGCGACCUGCUGUGGUCCGAUCCGCUCGAGGACUUUGGCAACGAGAAGAACUCGGACUUCUACACGCACAACUCGGUGCGCGGCUGUUCGUAUUUCUACAGCUACGCCGCCUGCUGCGACUUCCUGCAGAACAACAAUCUGCUGUCGAUCAUACGGGCGCACGAGGCGCAGGACGCCGGCUACCGCAUGUACCGCAAGAGCCAGACCACCGGUUUCCCCUCGCUGAUCACCAUCUUCUCGGCGCCCAACUAUCUCGACGUGUACAACAACAAGGCGGCGGUACUCAAGUACGAGAACAACGUGAUGAACAUCCGACAGUUCAAUUGCUCGCCGCAUCCCUACUGGCUUCCCAACUUCAUGGACGUGUUCACCUGGUCGCUGCCCUUCGUCGGCGAGAAGGUCACCGAGAUGCUGGUGAAUGUGCUGAACAUCUGCUCCGACGACGAGCUCAUGACCGAGGAGAGCGAGGAGCCGCUGUCGGACGACGAGGCGGCGCUGCGCAAGGAGGUCAUCCGCAACAAGAUACGCGCCAUUGGCAAAAUGGCGCGCGUCUUCUCAGUGCUGCGCGAGGAGUCCGAGUCCGUGCUGCAGCUGAAGGGGCUGACGCCCACGGGCGCCCUGCCCCUGGGCGCUCUGUCCGGCGGCAAGCAGUCCCUCAAGAAUGCCAUGCAGGGCUUCUCGCCCAACCACAAGAUUACCUCAUUUGCGGAGGCCAAGGGACUCGAUGCGGUCAACGAGCGGAUGCCGCCCCGACGGGAUCAGCCGCCCACACCCAGCGACGAUCAUCCGCACCCGCAUCAGCAUCAUAGUCAGGGCAACAAUGGAGCGGCGCAUGGAUAAAGAAUCAGCGCGGAGGGCAACGGCAACGGCGUGGGAGGGACAACAGGAGUCGGUGGCUUCUGUGUGGGCGCCGAUUACGGUCGGUAAUACUAAUAAGUAAUACCUGUUGUCGGAUCAGAUGUGCGUGGCGGUGUGUAUGUGUGUAUGUGUGACUGGGUGUGCUGCCUGUGCCGGUUGUGCGGGCAGAGCAUGCUCUGAGCACGUGCAAGAGGGGCCACACUGUGCUCCCUUGCCCACACACACAGACUCGCAUAGCCACACACACGUACACACCCAUAUACACACCCACACACAGCCACACACACACACACACACACACAUGCGAGAGCAUGCAUACAUAAUAUUUACAUAAAAUAUCUACAUAUAAACAUAAUAAUGUUGCAAAGAUUUGUCGUUUUAGCUAAAACAUCAUUCGUAAUAAUUGUAAUACACAAAUACAUACUUACUUUAAUGAUAAGCAAAAAGGUCAAAGGCGAGGUAACAAAGGAAUAGUUGAACAAUUGGAACAGAGCUGAUCAUAUAUACAUAUACAUGGAAUAUGGCACGUGGAAAUUCUAUAUAAACAUUUCACUCUGAGAACAAACCAAACAUCAGCAGCAGCAAGGAGCAAAGGACUUAUGCCCGUUGAGGUAUGCAGGAUAUUACAAUUAAUGCAUUGAUCGAUUACUUUUACGCUCUAGCCACAGAUUCCUUUUCCGUAAUACAAAUUAAAAAUACAAAAACAAAAAAAAAAAAAAAAAAAAAAAUCCAAAACUAAUCUUAAGCUUGUAUGUAUAAAGAAUGAGAAAAAAAAAAACAAAACAAAACAUGUUAAAUAACAAGAAAAAGAAAAAAGAAAAAAAAACAACCAAAAAACCUAGCGCUAAUAUGUUGAAAACAAUUAGCAGCGCCAAAAAGAAGCGUACAUAUAUUAUGUUUAAUUGAGAGCAGAGAAAAAAGAGAGGAAAACAUUAACAAAAACAAAUACAAACUUAUAUGAAAGAAAGCAAAGAACUGUGCAAUCUUGAACGGAAACAAAAAUUAAAAAAAAAAAAAAGAAAAACAACAAAUGUUAAUUGUUGCUUAAACAUUGUAAAAUUCGCAAGACCCAGAAGAAACAAAAGAAAUUUUCAAACAAUUUGCAAUAUGUGUCGCAAUAGUCCAUUAAUUAAUGUUCCUUGUACAUUUUACAAAAUGCAUAUGUAUAUACAUAUAUAUAUCUGUGUAUAUGUGUGUAUGUGCAUAUGUAUUUGUUUGUUGUUUAUAUUGUUGCCUAAUGUAACUGAACUUAACUUAACUUGCAUAUAUGUUUCUAUGUGUGAACUCGUGUAUAAUUUAUUGUGUUUUUUAUUUGCUUAGCCAAAAACAUGUUGAAUUCUUAUUACAAUUGUGGGAGGGGCAAGAGGCAGAAGGAACAACAAAUGAAAUCGCAAAUACAAAAUUUGGAUAACAACUUAAAUAAUUAUUUAGCAAUUAAACAUUGCAUUUUAAAUAUCCAAAUGAAAAGAACAAAGCAAAAAAAAAAAAAAAAAAAAAAAAAAAAAAAAAAAAUGGCAUAAGGAUUUAAGUACCACACAAACUAAACAAAAACAUAAAACAAUUUAACAUUUAAAUAGCUAAUCAAAUAUAUUAAACUAAUUAAAUAAAAUAUUAAAAAAUAUCUAAGCACACACACAUAUGUGCGUGUGUGUGUGUAUGUAUAACUGCAACUGCAAAUGAAUAUCACAUGUUUUCAUAUUCCUUUUCUUUUUUUUUUUUUUUUUUUUGUUAAACAAAUAUAUACAUAUAUAUAAAGUCAAUUUAUAUAUAUUUAUAAUAAAUAAACACUAACUGAAACAUUUGCACCCAUAUUUCGCAUAGUUUUUUUUUUUAUUUUUUAUUUGUUUUGUUUUUGUUAUGAAAUUUGGAAUAAAAAUAUUAAACAAAGAGUUUCACUUGAUAGAAAAUAAGAAGAAGCACGCACAGCAUUUCCCUUUUUUUUUUCCUUUCCACAAAUUAUGCACAAGACAUCAGAAAAGCAAAUCAAUAUAUAAAGUAUAUUAUAAAACAAAACAAAACAAAACAAAGUAUAUAUACUUAUAAAUUAUAUAUAUAUAAAUAUGAAUGUUUUUUGGCAAAUAGUAUAUAUAUAACGAACUCGUACUGUAUAAAGUCUAAAUGAAAACAAUAAGCUUUUUACUUAACUCUGUCCCACACGUCAGGCAGCACUUGAAACAAUUUCCCAAAACAAUUUUUAGAACUGAAAUCAAAAGAUUUACUUGUGCCAUGCGAAAACUCAAAAGUAAAAAAAAAAAAAAAAAAAAAAAAAAAA